CUGUAACUUUGUCUUGAAUUACCAAAUUCGAAUUCUUUCGGACAUCGUCUACGAAUUUCCAAAUAUUUUGACCUGACGAGAAUAUUUGAAAUGGCACUUAUGUGUUCAAGCUAUAAGUUUAGAAUUUGCUCGAGUACAGUGGCAGCAGCUGCAAGAUUCUGUCGGGGUCUCGCCGGGAAUGACGGGGCUGGGUGCACUCGGCUCUUAGGAAGGACUCGACCGAUCUGCACAUCGUCUUCUAAUUUUCAAAGUGACAGCUCCCCACCUAUAAGUCACUUCCCGAUUCCAGAUAGAGAUACUCUUCCUGAUGAUCUACAGGAAGUUAUGGAUCAAGUGGAGGAGAAGGGUGGAUUUCUACCAAAUGUCUUCAAGAUGCUGUCCUACCACCCGGACUCCUUCCGCUCGUUCUUCAAGUAUUACGAUGUCCUGAUGGAGGACAGUGGUGGCAACCUCACCAAGGCUGAUAAAGAGAUGAUUGUGGUGGCAACGAGCUCCGUCAACAACUGCAUGUACUGCAUCGUUGCUCACAGUGCGCUGCAUAGAAUUUACAGCAAGAAUCCGACCUUGGCAGAUGAGAUCGUUGCAAAUGAGCACAUGGCAGCCGUGGACUCCCGUCAGAGGGCCAUCCUGGACCUGGCCUUGGCCGUCUGCAAGAACGAGCCCAUCACCGAAGAACACUUCUCCAACCUGGAGGCCCAUGGACUGGACCAGAAGGAUGCCUUCAUGGUUGGCAGCGUGGCCGCUUUCUUCGCCAUGUCCAAUCGUCUGGCCCACCUGACGAGCUGCAGGCCCAACAAAGAGUUCCACCUGCUUGGACGGAUCCCGAGGGAGAAGAAAUAGCGAACGAGGCCUUGACGUAUAUGCGGGCUCUGACUCGGGAGUGUCCCAUGAAGUGAAUAGUCAGCAAUUUUCACUGCCUUAUUUCUUUCAAGCCAAUCAGGCGAGCGUUACAUGACAGGACUUGUCAGACAUUUUAUCCAACAUUAACCAUAUUAAAAGAGCUUCUCAGCUAAUCUAAGCCAAGGUAAGUCAGAUCUGACAACUGUCCCAUGAAGUAAAGAAUCAGCAAUUUUCAUUGACUUAUUUCUUCUGAGCCAAUCAGAUGCAAGGAUUUUUAAUAGUACCUUAUAACAGUUGUCAGUGAAAAAUCACCCAUUUAUUGUUUUCAUGUAUUGCUCUCCAGGGGCCUUGGUUCAUAAAGGCUUACAACUGUGGUAAAUUUGCUAUUAUUGUAACUACCUUGGAAACCUUGAUUGUGAUUGACUGCUGAACCCUGUUACCAUGGUCGUUGGUACAAUAGCGAAGUUACCCUAGUUGCAACUCUUUUUGAAACAGGCACCGGGUCCAAGUGUCUGAAAUAGUCUUCCCAGUGGCAGCUGUUCUUGUCUAUUAAAAUUAUCCAAAAGACAAACUCAAGGGCACCAACUGUACAUAUGCUAAUGAGGUCUGUAUUUUUAGCCCUACCAUUGCCUCAGAGGAAUUUUUACUGUACUAAACCUUCACUCUUUUGAGCUGAGUUUGUUUGAACCUGCGCUAGACUUCGGGGUCCGUGCAUGCAGACUACCUCGAAAGCAUGAUGGAAUAACAGUCAAAUUAUUAUUUUUAUUUUAUUUUAUUUGGUUUGGUUUAGUUGAUUACAAAGAUUCGAUGGUACAAAUUUACUGAAAAUUUUAAACCUGGGUUAUAGGUUUACCUCGGAAAGUGAACUGAAAUAAUCCAGAAUAUUAGGCACAUGUACACAUAAUAAUUAGAGAAUGGGAUUUUAACAACCCCAUUCAGUCAGUAUGCAGGUCCCUAUGCUAAUGAGCAAAAAGGCCAGAUUCAUCCAAAUCAUCUCAUGGCUGAAUCAUCCUUGCAAAAUCUCCUAAAUCAUCAGACUUUCUUUCUCUAAGAAUUUACCUUUAUCUUCAAGUCAAAUUAAAUAGCACAAUUGGACAGAGAAAAUAUUUUUCUUUCAUAUUGGCCAUUUUGUAUAAAAUAUUUUGAUAAAUAAGUGAAUUUCAGGCCU